AUGGGGUACCAGGGCUGGAGUGAGGGUAGUGGCAUGGGGCGGCAGUGGGGCACGGCUGCGUUACCUGUGGCGCUGGGGUAUCUGGCCAUGCUGCUGGCAUCGGGCACCGCCUGCACCAACGUGUACCGAAGGGUCUCUGACUGCGUCCUGAAGCUGGGAGAGAGCAUGGCCACAUACGGGGAGGAGGACAGCAUGGAGCUGCAGGGGCUGCACAGGGUCUGUGGGUACUGGGAUGAGUUUCAUGUCUGUGCCCUGACUGCUCUCUGGGAGUGCCAGAAGGAAGCAGCAGCCAUCUGGGAGAUGCUGAGGAAGGAGUCCCGAAAGAUCAAAUUCCAAGGCAGCCUGUUUGACCUCUGCAAUCCCAGCACAGCCCAAAGCUUUGCCUGUAUCUGCAUUCCCCAUGUGUCAGUUCUUAGCAUCCCCCUCAUUGUCACUUGGCUGAACUUAUAG